AUGACACGCAGCACGCAACCUCAGGCAGGCUACAAAGCUGUAUGUGGCUGCCGUGGUCUUCCUCACACGGGCCCUGUCUGCCGGGAACCCCAGCACCCCUCGGGCCGGGGCAGCCAGCCCUGCUCACCGCUGCUACCGGCGUCAGCACCGCACCACCCGCCAUCCCCGCUUCCCUCCGUGUUACACGUUGUCACCAACAGCCUGGAUUUUAAGCUCAGCCAGGCUCCGGGAGCUGGGCCCCACCAGGCCCUCACCCCCGGGGCAGGGCUGAGGCCCCCACGGUGGGAAAUCGGGGGUAUGGGCCCUGCAGCUGAGGUCUGCACCGCCUCGGGCAGAAUUUCACGGUUCGAAAUUCAGAGAUCCCAGCAAUUCAGCAGAUCCUGGCCUAAAAACCCGCUUUUUUGCACCACGUCCCGGGGCAGGGUGUGCGAGUCUGUGGGCCGCAGAGGUGGCUCCCCAGGCACAGCCAUGCCCGGAGGCCGAGGGGCAGCCGUUUCUCCAGGUCCCGUUUCUCCAGGUGGCUGCCUUGCCUCGCCCGGCAGCGGGGUCACGGCGUCUGCCCUGGGCUUGCCCGGUUGUAACGGGGGGAAGAGGAAGGGAGCGCGGCUGCGCGGGCGUUCCUUGGGGUACACGGGUCCCCUGUUGGAGGAGGAAGCCCUGAACAAAGCAGCAGAAAAUGGACUGUCUUCACCAGAAUUUUUUGAGCUUUGUGUUUGGUUAGGUUCCCAAAUAAAGUCACUUUGUCAUAUGGAAGAAAGCAUCACUUCAACAGAUGGUGAUAAGGAUAUAGAGAGCUUCCAGCUUGAGAUUAGUGGCUUUCUGAGAGAAAUGGCUUGUCCGUAUUCAUCACUUAUAUCUGGAGACAUCAAGGGCAGAUUAAGAGAGAAGGAAGAUUGUCUUAAACUCCUCUUAUUUCUAAGUACAGAACUUCAGGCUUUAAAGAUACUGCACAGCAAGAAAAUUAAAGGCUCUCAUUCAGAAAAGCACGAUGAAAUUUAUCAGGAAGUGCAAGCUAUUUGCAGUGCAUUGGGCCUACCAAAUUCCUCAUCUUGUGAUAUUCCUCCCUUGUUAACCAAUGUGGAACAAAAGAUAAAGGACAUACUCUCAAAAGUUCAAAAUAACCAUGUGGGAAAAUCACUGCUAACAAAACCUCUGGAUUCUGACCAAGUGGAAAGAUUGGAAAAAAUCAAUGAUGCGCUUCGUGGUGAGUACGAAUGUCGCCGACGCAUGUUAAUGAAGAGGCUAGAUGUGACAGUACAGUCUUUCGGCUGGUCUGACAGAGCAAAAGUAAAAACAGAUGACAUAGCACGAAUCUAUCAGCCCAAGCGCUAUGCAUUAUCUCCAAAGUCAACUAUUACAUUAGCUCACCUUCUUGCUGCUCGAGAAGAUUUAUCAAAGAUCAUAAGAACAAGUAGUGGAUCAACACGGGAAAAUACAGUCUGUGCAAUCAACAAGGUUCUGAUGGGGAGAGUACCUGACCGUGGAGGCAGACCAACAGAGAUUGAACCACCUCCUCCUGAAAUGCCUCCCUGGCAAAAAAGACAAGAAGGUGGUGGAAGAGGUGGCUGGGGAGGGGGUGGUGGUGGUGGUGGAAGGGGCAACUGGGGGGGUGGAGGAGGUAGAGGAGGAGGUGGUGGUGGUUUUGGAGGUGGGGGUUUCAGAGGUGGUGGAAGAGGUGGUGGUGGCUUCCAGGGUGGCAGGGGAGAUUAUGGUGGCAGGGGAGAUUAUGGUGGCAGGGGAGGUUAUGGUGGCAGGGGAGGCUAUGGCGACCCAUAUGGUGGGAGAGGAGGGGGAGGAUACCGAAGGUACUAAAAUACUGUAAAUAGUAACAGAGUAACUGGCAAAAUAUAGUGGUGGGGUUUACUGAUAUCAGGAAUUUAGAUACAUUAACCUGGGUUUAGGUUAGAAUUAAGUAUGACCAUAUGAAUCAUUGCAUUAGACCAACUGAUGUUGUCAUUGAAUUCUUUUAGUUGACUGAACAGAACUUUUAUACUAAAAUGUGAUGGCUAAAGUCCUUGUUUUUCGUACUGCUCAUAUGGUGUUUUUUAUUAUUGUCAUUUUAUUUAAGAUAAGCCUCAGAAAACUGAAUAAAACCCUUUCUAAACAAACAAAAAUACAUUAUUUAAUAUUCAGGCCUCUCUAAUUAUUGCAUGUUGCAUGUCCACUCCCCUGCUCCAAAAUGCUGUGUAGAAAAAACAAAAUGGCCUAAGAACCAGGUGGAAACAGUUUUAAAAGACUCUAGAAUGCUGCUUGCAAGCUUUUUUUCUUCAUCUAGUUUUCAUGUGAGACAUACAAAUUAAUUUUUUCUAUGUCAAAUUUUAAAAUCCUUAAGGCUUUCAUCAAAAUUAUUGUUAGGUUUCUUACUUUUCCAGAACUUCACAUAAAAGUAACAUUAUGAAUUAAUACUCUACAGACACUAGUAAAUUCAGGUUGUUUUGUGUGUUCAUAAAUAUAUUGGAGACUAUUUGAAGGUCAAAGUGUAUACCAUGAAUUCAGAGUCAGGGUGAGUUUUGAUUCUAUUUUCAUUUUAUCUGUUUUCCAUUUUAUUGGUGUUUCAUAAAAGUAUUUUAAGACCAGAUUGGGCAGCAAACUUCCGCAGCCAUCGUAUCUGUUAAGAGCUCAUUUAUAUACUCCUUCUGAAUCAGCCUUGAGACAUAAAAGUUGGAUAAGUUGAGCUUCUUGAGAAAGAACAUACCAUUUCUUUUUUUUCCCUUUUUUUUUUUUUUUUCCUCCUCUGUCUGCUGUGUUGGGGAAUCACCAACUGUCUAGCUAAUAAAACAUCUCAUAUAGCAGUUGCCCUUCCUCAGUGACUUCUCUUUCUCACUCUGCCAACCAAUUAGUUUGAUAAGCUAAAAGAAACUCUGCUUGAUAUGAGUGCCAUCUUCACAGUGUUACUUUAGAAGGAAGAGUUGGCUUUCAUAAAAUUAUGGCUGUAAAUACAUAUAGACAAGAACUAAAUUUAGAGCUAUCAGUUAAAGACAACAGUUUCUGUUGUCCAGUGUCCUGAGUACAGAGGUGGAACAGGGGGAUGAUGCCUAGUAUAUACUCAUGACAGCAUUUAUCAGUGUCAGGUUACUAGAGGGAGAUUUGGGAAGGCAUCUGAAUAACCUGGGGAUGUCUCUUGAUCACAUAGCACAGAAACUUGGAAGUACUUUUGAGUAUGUAGAUGUAGGCUUAACUGCAGGUUGAACUUUAGUAUUUGGUUUUGGUUUUAUAUUCCACAGUUAUGAGUUCUUUCUGCACAAAUUUCUUACCGGUGUCCAUAUUUGAUACGCUUUAAAGAUGUGAUUUUACCUUCAGGAAUGUGUUCAUCAUGUCCUAUUUCAUAGGUAGUUUUGUGCAUGUAUGUAAAGCUCUGUUCAAAAUCAAAUUAUUAUCUCUUUUAAAAGUCUGUGUCAGAUUUUAUUAACUAACCACCAACAACCUUUUCAUUUAAAAUUUUAAUCCAGAUAAAAUUCAUAAGUUUCUCUCCUCUUAUUUCCUCUCAGAUCAUAGUCUGCUUGUGAUGUGAUAGAUGUGGCCUUAUCUGUACUUUAGGGUCCCAGCAGGUGCCCAACAAAAAAGGGCAGUAGUUUUCCUUGCUGAACAUGUUAGCUUGGGUGUGAACUCUUGAAAUAAGGGCUUAAUUUCACCCAACUGCUAGCAGUAUAGUUCGUUUGCCAGGUUUUUUUCUACACUCCUUUCUGGCAUUAGCUGUUGUCAGUCUCUGCAGUCAUUAUGGAAAGACCCUCAUGGGUCACGUGGGAGCAUAGUACUGGUUUUCUUGCUUUUGAGCUUGGUUUUUGCCUAAUGCUCUGGAAUAGCUCACAGAUUUAUGACUUACCGAGUGAGAUUGCUGGCCUUGGAGGUUAACUGUUGGUCAGCAAAGGAAUGGAGAGAGUAGUUUUUAACAACCAUAGCCUUAAUAUAAAAUUAUUUUUGCUCAUCCAGUGUUAUUUUUAGCUACAGAUAAUUUUCAAACAGCAGUCAAGCAUUUAGCUUCACCAAGAAAAUAUGCUAGGAAAAUCAGACAGCUAAUCUGUGCAUAAAGAUUUCAUCAGUCUUAAGAUGUGAAGUUGUGCUAGUUUAGUUGAACUUUUGUAACUGUGUGUGUGGACAUGCCUUGGUGGCUUUACACUCAUCAGUUUAUGGUGUUGGUAGCAGGCAGGACAGUUCUGGAUGAAAUAAACCAUCAAGUGAACCAGCUAUGUGUCCACAUGUAAUUCUAACAGUUAAAUUAUUUCAGUAUUAUACUUCAGUUAUAUUUAUGUAGACCGUGUAAAAGAUGGAAAUUUAAAUACGUAGGAGAUUUUUUUAAUCUGGGCAUUUAAUUUUUUCUUAAAUAAUUCCAAAGCAUGAAUGCAGUAGUUGAAAACUGAAGUAAGCACCACCACAUUUCAUAGAGGUAUUCUUUUCUGUCCUCUGUUGUCAGAAUGUAUGCUUUUAAUUUAUCAAAAGAUGCAAUAAUACCAUGAAAGUAAUUGAUUUAAAUCUGUUCCCAAAUUAUGUAUGUUUAUCUUGAAAAAAAGUAUUUUCAGAAAUUCUGUUGUAAGUAAAAGAUUUUUCAUAUAUAUGUUUGUGAGCAUUUUUGUGUUUAUUCACACUUAGUGAAUAUCUACGUGAAUAGUUUUGUUUGAUCAAGAAUUGAAAAAUAGAUGAGGGGGUUUUUUUCAGGAUUUGAGAGAGGCAGUUUUGUUAACAGCUGUAAACACUGAGGAAUAAAGUACUGUAUUUGAAGUUAUUUGUAUCACUUGUGUAGUGUGAUUUGGAUCCACUAUCAUAUGUUCCUCCUGUGUUUGUAAGGAAGAAUUCCUGCUGGUAUUUACAAUAGUAAUGGAACUUACCUUUUAUGAUAAUGAAAAAUUUUGACCAAAAUCGAGAAGGCUGUAGAUAACAAUAUAGGAAGAUUUCAACAGAUAGGGCAUAUCACAAAUAUAUCCCUAUUACAUUGUCUGGGAUUACUAAGGACUCUCAGUUAAAUUUUAUCUUAGUACAACAAAAAUUACACAGGUCUGUAUGAUCAUUACUUUUGUCUUUAUGUAAACUAAGGCAAUAUGCUCCAAUUACUUCGGAAGUUUUCUUUUUUUCUAUUUCUAUAAUUAAGAAGUAAAACACAACUUGUUUUGUUUGUGCAAGACUAUAGAGCAGAUUUGCUCAUAUAAAUAGGAAUGGCAUUUUAAGCAGUUAGUCUGCACUCCUCAUCUUCCUUCACCUCUCUCAGAUGACUGAAGAUGAAUGAAUGUUCAUAUAAAAACAUCUUUUGAGAUCAGGUAUUUUGAGGUUUACUACAAGGUAAAGAAUAGCAAGCCUUUAGGGUGCUACAAUGCUGCCUGUGUAAUAGCCAGCAUGAGCAGACACUGCAGAAACCUGGGUUAAAUUUGGUUAUCAUACUGUGAAAUCUUUUCAGAAUUAGCAUUCUUAACAAAAGUGAGAGAUUGUGCUAACAAAGAAUACUUGGAAUAGUGAGUAGCAAAACAGUGUCAGUACUGGGUCAACCGGUAAAAUACUGAAAGGAUAAUCUGCAAAUACGUAGCUUCCUAAAAUGUCUCGGGCAGUGUUCCGAGGCUUACCUCACAGAAGGUGAAGCUCGACUGGGGACUCUGGUACUGGAUUAAUCCUGCAGAAGUGUCUCAAAUGACAGGGUCAAGAAAGAUGAAUAUAGGAUGUUUAGAUUUCUUUGAGACACAAACUCAGAGGCAUGAAGUGUAGUUUUAAUAUUUUUUUCUAUUAUAAAUAUUACAUUGAAAUCUUACAAUUUAUAUAAAUUCUUUACAAUCUGUACACUUUUUUUAAUCUUCUCAAACAGCAUUAAACCAAAAAUUUUUCAAGUUAACAAAGAGAUCAGUUACAACAAAAUAACAGAUUGCUACUUAACAAAAACAUAUUUCCAAUAACAUAUAUAAGAUACUUUAAAGGUAGUUGUGUUUAAUCUGAAUAUGAACAGUAGCCCUGCCUUGUUAAUUGUCAUAUUACUCAAUCUCUUUACUUUUACCUUUGAAUGAUCAGAAUUCACACUUAAAAAAUAAACAGCAGUUGGGGUGAGGGGACACGCUCAGGUUUUUUUCUUCCUUCCUGUAUAUACAUGAAACAAAGCUGAGCCUGGAGAAGGAAUAAAGGUAAGUGCUUUACAUUUAAAUUAGCCAUGACAAGAUGAAUUUGAAUAUCACUGUUUGCUGACAUAACUUUUAAACAGCACUUCGUACUUAUUUAUGUCUCUUUUCCUGGCAUCAAGCAGCUUGAAGAUUAAUACAGAUGUGAGUGAUUUUGUUCAGUACCUAUGUCAGUUUUAGCAGUAUCCCUGUAGUCAGUUUCUGCCAUUAGUCUUUCAUGGAGAAAAAAGAAAGUUCAAAAAAAAAACCAAACAUAAGGGACUACCACCAUUU